AUGGCUCCGUCUCCCAAGAUAUUUUCCCUGGAAGGGAGGGGUCUGAAACUUGAUUCGGCCGAGGACCUCGAGGCUCACAUCGCUGAUCUGCGGGCCGCCGCCGAUAUCGAGGAAGUCCGCCUCCUCGGCAACACCCUGGGGGUCGGCGCAUGCCAGCGACUCGGGGAGGUGCUUGCCACAAAGAAGACCUUAAGGGUCGCCAACCUCGCCGAUAUCUUCACCGGCCGUUUGCUUAACGAGAUUCCCGAAGCGCUGUCUUCCCUCCUUACCUCGAUCCUAAACCUCCCCAACCUGAACACCAUCAACCUCAACGACAACGCCUUCGGCCUGAACACGCAAGCGCCGUUGACCGCCUUCCUAGCCUCCCACGUGCCCCUGCAACACCUCUACCUCAACAACAACGGCCUCGGCCCCCAUGCCGGCAUCUUGAUCGCUGAUGCGCUCUCCGAGCUCCACGCCAAGAAAGAGGAGGCGCGCAAGAAGGGCCAGGAAGUGCCACAUCUGGAGACUGUCAUCUGCGGCCGCAACCGGCUGGAGAACGGUAGCAUGACGGCGUGGGCCAAGACGUACGCCCUGCACAAUAAGGUCAAGGAGGUCAAGAUGGUCCAGAACGGUAUCCGCCAGGAGGGCAUCUCGCACCUGCUCAGCCAUGGGCUGGUCCAUGCCUCGGUGCUGGAGGUACUCGAUUUGCAGGACAACACAUUCACCCUACUAGGCGCCAAGGCCCUGGCUGCGGUCACACCUGGCUGGACUGAAUUGUUGGAGCUCGGCAUCGGCGACUCUCUGCUCGGCGCGAAGGGUGGCGUGCUACUGGCCAAGUCACUCAGCAAGGGGAAGAACAAGAAGCUUAAGAUCCUGCGGCUGCAGUACAACGAGAUCACAGCCACUGGUGUCAAGGCCCUGGCCGAGAUCACUGAGGAGGCGCUGCCGGCGCUCAAGAAGCUGGAGCUGAACGGCAACAAGUUCACCGAGGAGGAUGAGUCCAUCAUUGCGUUGCAAGACCUGUUCGAGGCGCGCAAAGAAAAGCUGGCUGGCGAUAUCAUUAUCGAGGAUGACUGGGGUCUUGACAGCCUGAGCGACCUAGAAGAGGAAGAUUCGGAGGAGGAAGAGGAAGAGGAAGAAGAAGAGGAGGAGGAGGACGUUCAGGACAAGGCUGAGAAGCUCAUCAGGGAUGCAGAAGAGGCACAGGAGGAGCCGGUUGCUCAGAAGAAGGACAAGGAUGUCGACGAGCUUGCGGAGAAGUUGGGCAAGGCCGGGAUCUGA